ACACCCAAUUUCUUCUAGAGCGUUCGAGGAUAUCUUUAGUUGACAAAAAUGUCACUCUCUACAACCGAAUCUUAAGAAAAAUGUAUGUAAAUGUAUAUUUUCACUAUAAUGUUUUCACGAUCUUCGGUGUUUGGAAGCCAAAUUUGUCCAUAAUGGGAUUUGCUGGAAAUUUUUCGGGUCUCACUCUUCCUGAAUAUGUGGUGAAGCUGGUUUAUGCCUUAGUUUAUAUGAGAAAUGUGAUUGGUGGGAUUCGAUCUUGGGCUGGGAUUUGUGAGCCCCAAGACAAUCCUUCUGUCAUAUCUAGUUGCAGGAAGAGUGACAGAUUGCCUGUGUGUACUUUGGGUUGCUUUGAGCACAAGUUUAAGAAGGGCGAGGAGGAUGUUAUGUGCGCAGUUUGCCUGAGCUCUAUUCAGAAAGAUGAUAAAAUUCGAGAGCUGUGUGAUUGUCAUCAUGUGUUUCACAGAAAGUGUUUGGAUAAGUGGAUUGAUUACUAUCACCAUACUUGCCCUCUCUGCAGAUCUUCUCUUGUUGCAGAAAGUGUUGGAGAAGAGUUAUCAUGGUAAUGAUGGAGCAUUGCUACUCUAUUUCUCUCUGUGUACCAGAUAUUAGUGAAUGUAAGGGCUCAUUUUUAGGGUUUUAAGAUUGUGGUAUGUUACUGUUUUGGGCAUCAGAAAUCAGUGAAAGCAAGCACUGGUUUUUGAGGAUUGAGAUUGAAGGCACUGUUGAAAACAGCCUUCUGCUCAUGUAAUGUCUUUGUUUGUAUGUAGAUUUUAUAAUCGUUUUUAAGUAGAUUAUAAUAUGAUGAAUAUGUAUAUAUUUGUUUUGUAUUUUA